CACAUACUGUACAUACAAGCUAGGAGCGAAAAUGUUGGGUUUUAAUCGAAUAGUGCAGCAGCAUACAAUCCUGUUCUGUCUGCUGACUCUAUGCCUCGCGAAAGAUGACGAAAACUAUGACAACUCGACUAAUUACCGUCCUCGCAACGUUACAGGCCUCGGCGACUUCUAUCAAUGGGUUGGAUCGUGAGUCUCGCUGCGGUAGAAAAGCGUGAUGACUUAGCUAAAUGAUUUCUUAAUAGGUACUAUAACGCAACAGCAGAGGUCGAAUUGAAACCUAUCUUUGGAGACGUCUGGAACGAAACCAUAUUCGGCCCUAACUACACAGAUAAUCUAUGCUCAAAGCUAAAGAACUCUACCCAAAUCGUCAAAUACGACGCCAUCCUCAGUAUCCUUGAGAAAGGCAAAUGGAACGAUGGAAGUAACUCUGUUAUCUUCUGGCUAACUCUUAUACCAAAAGCCUCAGCGGGGUUCAACGUAUCCUCUCUUGGUGCUGAUUUUACGUAUUCAUCUCAAUCUGGGGGACUUCAAUUUCCUUUAUAUUCUGUUCAUCCAAGCCCAGAUGGAUAUUGGCGCCCCAAAGUGGGGAAAGGACCUGACAUUUUCAACUUCACCACUACCCAGACUAAAUCCGGAGCCUAUAACCUCAGUGCGGUACUUGAACGCAACUUGCCGGAAUCGUACUCAUCGAGUCUAAAUCUCACCAUGCCAGUAUGCAACACCACCGAGCUAAGCGGUGACUACAGAGUUAGCGUGCAGGAGUUCCGAUCUUGGGAGGCGGAGGACUGGGAUGACUUUCGAUGGCCCGACAUCAGCGUCAUGUUCGACGACAAGACAGCUAACCUAACUAUGGACGCUGUAUUCUCCGCGAUUCCAUACGUGCAGCCUAACGUGAGUAAUUGGCAGGGGCCUACAACAAGCGAUCCCGGCGCUCAUGGCUUCAUACAAAUCCGCGUGUCUGGGGUCAUUGAUGCAUACCACUCUGAUUCACUCAGUCUUGAAGACAAGACACCUGUUUGGCUGCGCACAGUAGGUUUUGGGAACGACUCAUCGAAUAUUGGAUAUGGCAGUGGAGCUGUUAAGCUGUCAUCGGAAUUUACUGUUGUUAUGAUGGCCAUUAUCAUGUCUUUUACCUUGUUUUUAUACAAUAGAUAGAGCUUGGUAUGUCUUUUUAGUGAGUCGACUUUAUUCUAUAUGACUCAGGUCUCGGGUCUUGGCUCUUGUAAUGCCUUAUUCGGUAUUCUUUAAGGAUGAUAUGCUUUAUAUACUUGAAUCGACGCAAGAAUACAC